GCCACUGACGUCGUUUCGUAGUAUGCAUCUGAAACAAGGUGACCCGAAGCCAGCCAUUGACCCUUCGCGUUUCACUUUGAUUGGUCAUCGUUUCUGUCCAUAUGUGGAACGAGUGCGAUUGACCUUGCAUUACCACCACAUUGACUUUGACUCAAUAUUCAUCGCUCUAAACUCAAAGCCCGAUUGGUUUUUGGACAUGUAUCCGACCGGUAAAGUGCCCCUUUUGCUGACUACGGAUGGCAAGUCUCUGGUUGAGUCUGAUGUGAUUAUGCGUUAUGUGGACCAACUGCGUGGACCAGCCGCUUCGUUGAUGUCAAUUUGUGGCGAAGAGCAAUUCUCCGAAGCUCUGGAUCUAUGUUCUAAGCUUGGUGCUCCUUCCUAUCGAAUCGCAUUUGGCCGUGCGGUAGACUCUGAUGAACACGACUAUCGACAGGCUCUUCACGCGCUGAACGAUCGCAUCAAAGGACCUUAUUUCAUGGGACCGGAACUUUCGCUCGCUGAUUUGGUUCUUCUCCCUCACCUCAAUCGUGUGGAAACUACGUUGGCUUUUGCUGCUGGACUAGAACCAAGUAAAGUAACAGAUUUCGAGCGAGACGACGCUAGACUUGCCGACUAUCCUAAACUGUUGGCAUACAUUUUGAACUUACGACAGCAAUCGUUCGUGUCGGAGGUUCGCGAACCGAGUCAAGUGUUGGCCAAGUUCGGCGCUACAAUCCGCGCUGGCAAUCCAAACCCCGAUCUUUAAUUUCCUACAUUAUGUUUUGGCUUUGCACUUAAUUUGCUUACUCUUUUAUAACUGCGCUUUUUGAUUUUCGUGUUUGCAUUCUGUUUCUAUGAGUUUUGAAUGUAGACUGUAUUCCGCAGGUGCUUUUGUGAUUGUGAGCAAAUCCUCCAAUUCAUAACCUCAAUUUUCGUUGAUUUCCCCACAUUAAAACGAUUGGCAAUUAUGUGACUGCAUCCGAAUCUGUUCUGUUAUUUACCAGGUCGAUUUUUUGAUGUUAUGUUAUUGUUUGACUUACCAUGAAAACUGGCUGUUGUAAUGUGGCCGUAAGCUCAACUGAGAAACGUCUCUACUAAGUCCUUGAUCAUAAAUCUGAACGUAG